AUGAUGAAGCCUAGUUUCAUAAAAGGUUUUCUUCUUUAUUACAUAAUUAGUCUCACUAGAAGUAGUUAUGCAGUAUCAUUAAUUCGUCCACCUUAUCUAACCCCUGAAGAUUUCGAACGUGGCAAAACAUUGACACCAGAAGAACGAGGUUAUAAUUCGUCAAGUGUGCGUCAACAUUUUUCACAACAUUUCGAAAUCCGUACAAAUGUAUGGUUUGAUUCAAAAUACAAAUGGCCAAAUGCCAGAGUUCCCUACAUAAUUAGUUCACAAUAUAAUGAUCAAGAAAGAGCAGUGGUUGCAGAAUCUAUUCGUGAAUGGGAGUCAAAAACAUGUGUUCGAUUUAUUCCAAAAUCUAAUAAUGAUCGUGAUUAUCUCGAAUUGACACCUCAAGAUGGAACAAAUAAUUAUUGUUAUUCAUAUGUUGGCCGUCAAGGUGGUCGUCAAUUUGUAAAAAUGUAUGCUCCAAUAUGCAUGAGUGUUGGUCAGUAUGUUCAUGAAUUAGGUCAUGCUAUUGGAUUCGGACAUGAACAUCAACGACCUGAUCGAGAUCAUUAUAUUAGAAUAAAUUGGGCAAAUAUUGAUCCACAAUUCUAUUAUGCAUUUGAUAAAUAUAAUUCCAAUCAAUUUACUACAAUGGGAAUGGCCUAUGAUUAUUAUUCUAUUAUGCAUUAUCCUGAUUAUUCCUAUUCCAACAAUGGUAAACCAACAUUAGUACCAACAUAUCCAGGGCAUAACAUUCACAAUAUGAAUGUGAUACUCUCAGCAACGGAUAUACAGAAAACAAAAAAGUAUUAUAAUUGCUAA